UUAGUUUUGGAAAAGAAGUGUAAAUUAACGCCUUUUUACCGCAUCAGAAGAGAAUUUUGUUAUCACAAGUGUGAGGAUCUGGUUUUGCUCAACUGAAAUGCACCUGUUUACGAGUUCCAAUGUGAAAUCCGCAAGGAAUUUUUUUUUUUUACUGAUUCGCAUAAAAACGAAGAGCUCAAGAAACUAUGAGAAGCGCAAAGGGAAAGCGGUCCGACGGAGGAAAAGCGCAUUGGUCUCUCGCAGAUCACCCUAUCAGGUGCAAAACCACUGACAGGUUUCCACCCACUACCAACCAAAAACCCCUCAGUGCGCUCCAACCCUCCGCGGCACACAGACAGACAGACCACUGACAGGAGUCCCGUACCAUCACCAAUCGCUCUUCUAGGAUUCGCCAAGGGUCUAUCCGCCUUUUUUAUACAACUAUCGCUUGGAUAACAAAAGCAAAUAGACAAAGCGAGACUUAUUUUCAUCUAUCCUGACAGCUUUGAGUUGUUGAGAAAGUUUUCCCUCUCCAAACGACGGACAUGGAAAGAGUGUGAUCUAUGUAAGGUGUGCGCUUCCAGGUGUCUUCGGCAGGUACGAACGGAAUUUAUCUUGUUUUAACGCAUACUGGAUCAAGACUAAGUAGCAAAGGCCGUGGAUUGUUCUCCGCGUAGGAGACGCUCCGCUACAGCCUUUCUUACGAAUUCAAUCUUUGCGCGCUUUGGCGAGAGAGCGCCGUGCGCACGGCCGCGGACCGAGGCGCGGAUCGGGGACGCCUCGGGGAAAGACAUUGAUUUGUGUUUAUUCCGAUCUUUUUGAAGCAAGGACGAGCCUCAUGCUGCUUCCCGCGGCACAUUUUCACUUCCUUUAUCACUCUGUUCCCCGGGAUUGCACAUCUCCUCCGGGAUUUUGAGUGUGAGACACUGGCGGGGCUCCGCGUCAAAGGCUGGAAACAGGUGUAUUUGACCAUGAUGUCUGUUCUGCCUUCGAGGUUAAUCUAUGUGUGUUUACAUUUUCUGGUCCUCUACUUCCAGUUACAGGAAUCGCACCAGAGUUCGGCUGACUUCCGGUUCUACAUCGAGAACCACACUCGAGACGAUGUGAGCCGUAAACAAGUGCGGAUAUAUCAGCUCUACAGCAGAACCACAGGGAAACACGUGCAGAUCCUGGGCAAGAAGAUCAACGCCAACGGAGACGAUGGGGGCAAGUACGCUCUACUUGUUGUUGAGACAGAGUCAUUCGGGAGUCACAUUCGAAUAAAAGGAAAAGAGAGCGGAUACUACAUCUGCAUGAACAAGAACGGCAAAAUUACUGGAAAGCCCAAUGGGAAUAACCAGGAUUGCGUCUUUGUGGAGGAAUAUUUGGAGAAUAACUACACAGCACUGGUCUCUGCCAAGUACAAAGGCUGGUAUUUGGGUUUCAACCGAAAGGGUCGACCCAAGAAAGGCUCAAGGACCACACAGACGCAACAGGAAGUGCAUUUCAUGAAACGCCACCCCAAGGGUAAAGUGGACCCUCUGGAGGAGUUCCGUUUCACAACAGUAACAAAACGGACACGAAGGGCGCGGCGUUUAAAACCCAACCCCAAAACGAAUUGAGUCAGUGAGGAUGAGUGUACACUGUUCCCUAAGGAUCUCACGUGCUUCUUACCUUAAAGACUAAUCUUAUGGAAGAGCACACAAGUAAAAAAUGGCUACAGAAACGAGAAAAGAAGCUUAAAAAAGUUCAAAGAUGUUUUAUUUUUAUAUUUCAGAAGCUUCAAGUUUCUACCAGCUGUUGAAUGUUUAUGGGUUGUUUUUUUUUUAUGUAAUAUCGGUGUCUGUUAUUUUUAUUUAUACUGAUUUAACUAAGGAUGACAUACAAGGAACUAGUGUCUCCUGCUUUAACAUGUUUACAGCAGAAGGCGUCCUGUUAAAACUCUGGAAAAGCGAUGAGAGUAAACUGCACCGCCUGGGAAACCUUUUAUUUUCAUUUGUGUUGCCCCCGACAACAAGGAUCCAAUAUUUUCCACUGGAAUGGGCUGUCAUGGAGACACAACGAGAGAGCGAUAACAAAGUCACGUGACCUUUACAGGCCUCCAUAGGUAAACGUGAAGCUUUGAGUGCAAUAUUUUGAAGAGCCGUGUUGUUCCUCUCCUUGUUGGAUGUUUUCCUUUGGGCCACUGCUCUUGAGCAGACACCAGGCCCUUUCAAGGGUGAAAUAUGCAGAAUGCUCUGAGUACUAUAUGGUUCCUUUGACAUUUGUGUGUAUUCUGUGAAUCAGCUUAGAUCAACAUGCUUUGACUAGCCAGAUCAGCUUUGGUAGUAGUUCCUUUAAAAUAAUAAAAAAAAAAAAAAAAGAAAAAAAAAAGAAGUGAAGCCAGGAUAUGAAGGGACUGGAAGAGAUCGGAGAGGCAUUUGACCUUGCUUUCUGUAAUAAGGUUUUGAGAAAAACAAUGGCCUCAGUGCUCUCAUCUACUUCACUAGCAUGUAAUGCACCAUUGUGUACUUUAGCAAAAUGCAGCCAACGUUUCGAUGAUGCAGAAAUUACAUGCUGAUUAUGUUGUCAACCUGUGUCCUUUUUAAAAACAAUUUAGCUACCAAAUCUUUCAUAAAACACAAUUCUGCAAAAUGGAAAAACCAGGUAUGAUGCAUUGCCCUUAAUGUCCAUGACAGUUAACUGAGUUCAGUUGGGGAAAAAAGUGUCAAAUCUGACUAGUGCAUGUCAUUCAGCCAAUGAAAUCGGACCUGUCUGAACCAGAAACAGUUGUUCUAUAACUCUCCUUUCAUUCUAGAAAACUUUGGCCACGUACACACUGCAGCUAAAUAUGGUUGUCACUCCUAUUUUGAGUGCUUAAACCCAAAUUGUACACAAAAAGUUCAGUUACUUAUGGGAGUGACAACCACAUACUACAAUCAAAUUCCAUACUAGCCCUACGGUCUCGUAACCUAUGUAUUACAGUCCAGAGAGAGCAUGCUGAGAGUAUAACCAAAACUUACUGCCUUUGUCGGUGGCAGUUUACUGGUCGCUAGUAUUGCUGCCUUGAAGUGCAUCUAAUAAGCUCUAACAACAAAUUUUUUAUUACGACAUGUUACACAUUAAAGUUGGAAACAAAAUAUCAACACGCCCCUUCCAACUUCACGACUCGACAACUCAGGUAUCAUCAGUUUCUCACUUGUAAAUGUGACUUUGCUUGGUCAAUCAUGUGUUGGAACUCAUAAUUACAAUACUUUGGACUCUACUUGAAGGCCGUGUAUCUCUUUCAGGUGAACUAAGCUGCCAAAAUGCUGUUAUGGUUAUCAAAUGAAUAUCAUCGCAAUUUAGGGAGUAACUCUUGUAUUGCGUUCACACACUAAACGGUAAUUUAGAUGAUUCGCUCCUGCAUUUAAAUGCGGCUUUCACUCCCAAAACUAUGCAGUGUGUACAUGGCCUUUCUCUGCUGUAGAAUUUUAUCGCUUUCUACAACUUUCUCUAAUGUUUGAGACAGAGGUGCACAUAGUCUGUGGGUCCGAGACAUUGACGAAAGCUUACUGGAUCAUUUAUAUUGAGUGGAAUUCCCUUCUGCAGACACUGGACUCCAGCCAUUAAUGGUGAAGUCUACUCUCCAUAUGGGUAUAGCUGUAGUAUACACACAUCUAUAUACUCAUCGUAUUUCAGACGUUACUAACAAUCAUGACACACGUACAAUUUAAAAAUGUAUGCAGAAAAUAAUAAUUUUAUUACUAUUAUAAAAUAUUUAUUGCCUUUCUCUGUAAAUAUGACUUGAAUUUAUUUGACCUCUGUUAAUAAUAAUAAAAAAGAGGACUAU